GACUAACCGCUUGAGCUAAGGUGCAAUUAAAAAAAUUGUGUAACUUUCAACUUUUUCAAUUAGUUUUUAAUUGUACUUCCCUCACUAUCAGGACGAUAUGGCAAUAAAAAAUGACAGCAGGUAAUAUGCCUGAGGGUAUUUGUAUAAGGCCAAAACAUGUUAUAUUAAUAACAAAAUGCGUGAACAAAAUGUGGUGGUGCAGGAGUAACUAUGCUCCCAUUGGAACAUUUAUUGAAAUUUCACUGAUAAGCAUGAAAUAACUAAGAAGUUGAACAUAUUUUAAAGAAUUAAGGUGAGAGGGUGUGAACAGAAUUUUCUUCUGUUAGGGUACAAAUCCAUGAGAGGUUCUUGUAACCAUGAUAAUGAACUUCCAAGUUCUAUAAAAUGCAGAUAUACUAUAGAGUAGCUGAGUGACCACUAGCUUCUAAAGAAGUGCUCUGCUCCAUGGACUUAGCAUUUCAUAAUCAUUCUGAAAUUGCAGAGAAGAAAUCUGUGCAAAGCAGCUACUAUCAGUUUGAUGGCAUAAAAAAGGAAAAUUUUAGCCUAUUUUCCUUAUUUCAAAAAAGGCUAGAGGUUCUAGGAAGAAAUAACUGUUUACUUCCUUCCACUAUAUAUUCAGUGUUUGAUAUGACCCAGAUGGCAUAGAAAACACCAUGUACAGAAAGUUCUGAAUUCAAUGACAUGAGGCCCAAAAGCCAUAAUAGUGGAUUCAAAAGAGAUGGCCGUUUUUAGGUAGUGGCUCAGUAAACAUUCAUACAGCAGCAAUACACAUAGACCACACAGAAAAUGCUGCGGCCAGAAGUUCCUCUGUGGUUAUAUGUAUACUCAUUGCUGCGGGAACGUUUGCUUCUGAGGCAUUGCAUAUUUUUGAUGUUUUGAAGAAACAAAAGGACGCUUAUGAGAUACCCUGCUGUCUGUGUGUCCAUGUAUAACACAUGCCCCAAUAACACUCCUUGGUAGUGGCUCUAUAAGCAUAUUCCCACAUCAAGCACACAACAAUAGAAGAACUGUUGGAUGUAGUGUGUGUUCCGUGUCAUCAUAUAUUCAAUGUAUAAUGAAAAGAAAUUAGGUGAUCUUUCUUCUCUGAACUUCUUGUAUGUAGGGUGAAUGCAUAGCCAUGUUAGAUAUGGCACUGUUUGUUUCACAGAACCCUAGAGAUUCAGAGAAUGUACGAGAUCUGUGUACUGAGAUAUGCUCAGCGCCAUCUCAUGAUGCAUAUGAAGCCAUCAGUAUAAAAGCUGAGGUGCUGUCAGAUGGAGAAGAAGAGGAGUAUCCUGUCCCAGUGACAUAUCCAGGAAUAAAGGCUGAACCCAAGAAUCCUACAGAUUCAGAGAAAUUACAAGGUCCAUGUAGUGAGAUGUCCCCAGCAUCUUCUCAAGAUUCAUAUCAGGCCAUCAGUGUGAAAGCUGAGGUAUUGUCAGAUGCAGAAGAAGAGGAGAGUCCUGUCCCGCUAACAUUUGUAGAAAUAAAGGCUGAACCUGAGAUUCUUUAUGAUCUUCAAUCUAUGGACGGUGAGGAGCGACUAUAUUCCUGUGAAGAAUGUAAUAAAUCAUUUAGUGAUCAGGAUAAUCUGAAGAGGCAUCAGUGCAUACAUAAACGGCGAAUUCAUUGUGACGUGUGUAAUAAGUCAUUCAGUCAGCAGACCAGCAUGAAGAGGCAUCAGAUCACCCAUAGUGGGGAGCGGCCAUUUUGUUGUGACAUGUGUAAUAAGUCGUUCCCGUACCGCACUAGUCUGAAGUUGCAUAAACGCAUACAUAUAAUCAUUUGUAUCACGGUGGGGGAUGCGCAAACUCCUGAGGUGGAAGCGGCGUUUGCGACAACAUCUAAGAUAUCACGUAGCAACAUAACAUCGGAAUAUAAGAUCACUGAUUGA